AUGGCAGUGGACAUCACACUGAUCUUCAAGGCCAGCAUGAAGACUGUGAAGACCCAGAAUAAAGUGCUCGGGAUCCCUCUGAGCAGAAGCAACAGUCCCCACAACGAUGUCCUCCUACUCAAGCAUGGUAGCAGCCCCUGUUCUACAAGCGACUUCUCCAGCCGGGCCCGGGAAGUGGUCAAUAACAUUGGGAAGCUGAAAUAUUUUCUUCUGCAACACAGGAAAUAUUACAUUAAUGCCUACAGCCAUGUCGUGUCUGAAUAUGUGCGGAUGACAGACACCGAGCGAGACCAAAUUGACCAAGAUACCCAAAUCUUUAUGAGAACUUGUGCUGAUGCAAUUCAGCAACUCAGAACAGAAGCACACAAGGACAUCCAUUCCCCACAAGUGAAGCGGCACAGAGAAGCUGUAUUGGAUUUCAUUGGACACUAUUUAAAAAGAGUGUGUAAGCUAUAUUCAGAACAAAGAGCUAUCCGGGUCAAACGAGUAGUUGAUAAGAAAAUAUUAUCUAGGCUUGAACCUGAGCAGAGCAAUAAAUCCAAAGUAACAACUUCUCCUGAGAGAACUAUUCAGACAUCUUCAGAAGAAUCUGAAGAAAAACUAACUUGUGAAGACAACAGAAAUAAGAAUGUGGCAGAUGAACAUGCUAAUUUUGGUCUUAGGGGUGAUGGCAAAGCAGAUGAGCUUUCAUCUGAAGAAAUCCAAAUUAUGACCCCAACAGUAAAGCAGUGA